UGUACCAGGAAGAGCUGGACAAUACUCUGAACAAUGAGGGAUCUUCCCGUCCUGUGGCUUUCCCUGUAAAACAUAACUGAUAGCUGUGUUGAAGAGUAAAUUAACCCUCAGUCAUGUCUCUUAUAUAUUCUGAAAGCAGCUAUCUUAAUCAAAACCAGAUAUAAGAUUUUACUAUUGUGGCCCCGAAAUGGCCAAUUUCAUUGUCGUGUUUCUCGUGUGAUGAGUUUUGAUUGACUGGGGUGGUGGCACAGCUAACCUUACAACUGGACAGCUAUCAUACUUGAGGGUCUGAAGUGUGUUUUUCAACAGAAUGCCAUGGGAAACUGCUGGACUCAGUGCUAUGGGUUAUUUAGGAGAGAAGCUAACAGGAUCCAGCGUGGAGGGGGGUCCAAGUACUUCAGGAGCAGCACCACAGGAGAACAUUACACUAUAGAGUUUGAGAACUUGGUGGAGAGCGAUGAGGGGGAGACGCCCAAGAGUAGCCCGAGGCCUGUCAGUGAGGAGGAGAUUGUCCACCUGCGGGAGCAGCGCUACGCUGCCAUCAGUGACAAACAGGAGCUCCUCGACCAGACACUGCAAGCGCAGCUGGAGGCGCGGGAGGAGGCGCUGCGGCUGGAGGAGGAGGCUGAGCACGCCGCCCAGAGGGAGGCGGCUAGGGCUGCGCGGGAGCGAAUGAAAGCAGAGAAGCAGGCAGCGGAGGCCAAGGCAGAAGAUGGAACUGGACACCAGAAGAUCUCGGCCGUGGGAGAUGAAUUUGUGAAGACCCAGAUGGGGGGGCCGUCCCGGAGCAGCCCAGGGGGCAGUAUAACUCCCCUGCUGCCUGAAACUCCACAAAAACCGGGAGGCAGAUGUCAUUGGCUGCUCUCUCUUGUAAUAGGCGUUUCCUCGGAAACCAAUGUGGCCACGCCCAAUACUGAGAGCAGCUAUGAUGUCACCAGCAAGACUCGCUCGACCAAUGAGGAUGGGACCUCGCUCGACCUGGAGUGGGAGGAUGAGGAGGGAAUGUCGGCGGCAAACCUGGUUCCGGAGCGUUCCCGGACAGAGGAGGACAUCCUGAAGGCGGCGGCGGGAAGGCGGGGCCAGCGGGGGAGCUAUCCCCCCUCGGCCUCAGAGGAUUCCAACGCUCUGGAGUGGGAGAACGACUUUGUGAGCGCCCAUGCCGAUGACGACUCCGACUGCGACGGAUUCGUCAACCCCCUGCUGGACACGCCCUCCGAGGUCACCGCGGAAACCUCCGUCUCUGACCAGCAGGACAGAUAGUGGAGGGGGGGAGGGGGGGUAAUCCAAAAUAUAGGCCCACCGAAUGUUUAUCUUGCAUUACGAAACCAAACUUUCACUGACCUGCUAAUCGGAAGCUAAAGAUUAGGGAUAAUUUUUAUGAUCUGAGGGCCAUUUUGAUUGAGUCACUGCCCUCUCUGUGCUGGAUUUGGUACUCGUUUGUUGGUGGGUGGAUUGUAGAUCUAAUUUAAUCCACGCUAAUAACAUUAACAGCUCUGUUCGAAUGUAAUGGCUAACAAUGCCGCCCACAGAAAAAUCUGAUGUGUGUUUUGAUUGGCUGGUAUGUCAGAGUUUCUGCUGUGAAAAGUAGACUCCGAUGGACACACUUCAUCGUUUUACAACCUUCCUGGAUUUGGCCUUAGUUUGGGUGAGUGUCUUUAGUCUGCCUUUGCUGUCUUCAAAUGGGACAUACUUUUCUGUAUUGUUUAUCUAUACUGAAGCAAGUGCAAUUUACAAAGUGCUCUGAUCAGCUUUGUGUGUGUGUGUGCGGGCAGGAAUGUAAGCCUUCCAGGACAGACAAACACACAGUGUAAAAAAAAUCACACCAGAAGCCUUGUCUUCUGUCUUGUAGAUUAGAUUUUUUUCAUGGGGUGACAUUGGCUCAGGAGGCAAGGGCAGUGGUCUGGCAGUCGCAAGGUUGCCGGUUUGAUCCCGCCCUGAGUGUGUCGAAGUGUCCCUGAACAAGACACCUAGCCCCCAAUUGCUCCUGACGAGUUUGAUGCCUUAGAUGGCAGCCAAUCACCGUUGGUUUGUGUGUGAAUGGGUGAAUGUACCGCGCUUUGGAGAAAGGUGCUAUAUAAAUGCAGACAUUUACCAUUCAUACUUUAGUUAAUUCAGGGAAGCUGAAUGACUGACUGAUAGUUUCACAUUGUUGUCGUGGUUCACUUUCACUUUAUCAUGGAUUACGGUCACUGUAAAUAUGUGCACGGUGUUAAAGUAGGAGUUAGACUGAGUGGCAGCAUUUUACAUUUUUAAAUCAACAUUCCAGAGAUUUAAUAUAUUAAUCAAGGAGUCCCCAACCCUGGUUCUGGAGAGCCACAGGAUCAGUUUUUUUAUAGUUACUCAGUACUUAAUUGGUUAAAGCAAUUACAUCAGAGCAGUUUACAAAUUUAUCUGAGCUCAUCUGGUUUCUUUGGGUAUAAAUUGAUUGCUUAUCUUACAGUGAAAAAAGCCUUGUGGCUCUCCAAGACCAGGGUUGGGGACCCCAGCAGACCCUGUGGAUCUCCAGCAACAAUAAGAUCAGUGCAGCCCUUGAGCAAGGCCCUUAACCCCACAUUGAUUUGGAUAAAAGCGUGAGGUAAAUAACUAAUGCCCAGUGUGGGGGCUCCUGUCCAGGGGAGAGUGGUGGACUGCCCCCAUCCCCUACGGGCCGGGCCUGUCUCUCACCAUUACGGACCGCUGGAUGGCUUUUAGAGCGGUGGUGUGAAACGCGUGAGUGCUUGUGAAUGUUGCCAGGUGUGUGUGAGCGAGCGUGUGUCAUGUUGAAUAACUCGCCCUUCUCUCGUCUUUUCCAUACUGUGUGUGUGUGUGUAUUUUUCUACCUUGCCUGUUUUAGAUGCUUACUCGGAUGUUUAAUGUUGGAUACUGCACUUUUUCUGCUGUUUAUCAUCACUUCCCUCUCUCCCCAUCUCUCUUCCUCGUUCUCACAAAAGUUGCAAAAGCACAUCGAGUUUUAGCAUUGCGAGAUGCAUUUCACAUACCACCCAUACUGCAUACUGGAUUUGCUGCUGUUCCAUCUCAUUUGACGCAUUCCUGAUUGUAACCUGUUGUAUGCACCACGCCAUAAAGCGACGCGAAGCAUGCACAACCUCACAUGCAUUUGCAGAGCGUGCAUGUUUGCAGUGUGUGCACGUAGGAGCAAAUGCCUGCAGACGCUGCGGCCCGCAGGACAUGGAGUUGAGUAGCACUGCUCUAGAGCAGGGAUACUGAAAUCUGGCCCUGGAGGCCAGGAGAGCUGGUUUUCAUUCUUCCCUUCUACUCAGGUCUGAGUUAUACCUGGGAAUGUGAUCUCUGGCCAGUCUGGGGCAUUAAUCCAUCAUGUAGAAAGGAAAAGCAGCAUUACUACUGGCCUGGAGGACCAAAUUUCAGUAUACGCACUUUAGUGUGUUGGGCCUCAUACACACUAGCACCAAAAACCCGUUUCAAAACCGCAACGCAUUCUAGUGAUGUGUACCGACAGUUCAAGAUAGCGAAAACCUCUCGACUAACACUUUUCCCAAACAUUUUGAAACUAAAACCGCCAGUGUGUAUGUAGCCCUUGGCUGUAAAAGCUACAACAGGAGGAAGCUUAGUCAGUGUGAGUGAAUUAGUCACUGAGUGAGAGUGUGAGCGAGAGGAAUCUGCUGAUUUUCAGGCUGCUAUUAAAACUAAUUUCCCCUGGGACACAACCUAUGCAUCCACACUGCACCAGUUGACCAAAGAAAAGCUGGGAGUGAUGCGUGUAGUUCUGUAGUGUGUGAACCCUAUGCCCCUAUUCUUCAUAUCUGUGAGAUUUUAUGCAAGACCUUUUUUGAACUUUUUAUUUGAAUAGUAUAUUGAAAUGCUGGGCCUGUGUGGUUAGCAGCGGUGAUGGCCAUUUGCAUGGGGAGAGGUGGAGCAGGACGACAGACACAGGUGUGUGUUUGUGAGAGAAGCACGUUCCCACCAGGAAAGAAGACGUGUAACAAUCUGAACGUUCCUUUCGAAACCCGUUUCUAAACACCUGACAAGACAAGAUACACGUACUGUACCUGGAGGUGUUCUUCAGGAAAACUUUGCUUUGUCUCAUCUUCAAAAUAAUAAUUUAACAUUGUUUUGCUUAGUUGAGCAUUCUGUAAGGUGUUGAAGUCUGCCACAAAUAAAAGUGAAUGAGGAGGAAGAAA